AUGAGUUCCAGCAGCAACGAGGAUAUUGCCAUCAAGACCGAGGCUUCGGUCCCACCUACAUACGAAGAGGUACCUACUCCUCUCAAGGGGCAGCACGAUGGCACCAACAGCCUGAGCAAGCAGGAUGCUAGCGUCAGGAUUGAUGACUUUGGCGCCUCGAUCGAGAGGAGUCCAGAGGAACUUGCUGUUGUUCGAAAGUUGGAUAUGUUCUGCAUGCCCAUAAUAUGGCUCAUGUACUUCUUCAACUUUCUCGACCGAAGUGCCAUAGUCAACGGAAAGCUCGAUGGGCUGGCCGAUGACCUCGGCCUUCAGGGUACACAAUUCAACACAUGCAUUUCAAUCCUGUUCGUAGGAUAUCUUGUCGGGCAAAUACCAAGCAACAUGGUGUUGAGUCGAGUACGACCAAGCUUCUACUUAGCUGGGUUCAAUGCAUUAUGGUCGCUAGUCACCCUUCUUACAUACAAGGCACAUGACUACAAAACAAUGCUUGCUUGCCGAUUCCUCCUCGGUGUUUUCGAGGCUCCUUUCUUCCCCGGCGUGACAUAUCUCCUCGGCACACUCUACACCCGGAAGGAGAUAGCAACUCGAAUCUCAAUCUUUUUCACGGGAAAUCUUGUUGCCAGCGCCCUCUCUGGUCCAUUUGCAGCAGGAGUCUUUCAGCUAGAUGGCAGAGCCGGCAUCGCUGGAUGGAGAUGGCUCUUUAUAAUCCAAGGCGCCCUCUCCCUAGCAGUCGCCAUCCCAGCCUUCUACAUGCUGCCCAACAAGCCCCUCGCCACUCCCUGGUUGACCCCGGAGCAGCGCCAGCUCGCCCACGACCGGAUCGAGCGGGACACGACGAACCGCAGCGGCGGCGGCAAGACGACGAUCCUCGAAGGGCUAUCGCAGGCGGUGCGUGACUGGAAGACGUGGGCGUUUUGCCUGCUCUCCAACCUCAACGUCACGACGCUCGGCUUCCUCAACUUCCUCCCGACGCUGGUCCGAACCCUCGGCUUCAACACGACGGCCGCCCUCGCCCUGACCUCACCCCCUUACGUCGUCGCCAUGGUCGUCAGCGUGUGGGUGGCGCACCACUCGGGCCGCACCAACGAGCGCACCUGGCACAUCACGGCGUGCGAGGUCGUGGCCGUCCUGGGCUUCGUCAUGUGCGCCGCCUCGCUCAACACGGGCGUGCGCUACGCCGGCAUCAUGCUCUUCGUCGGCUCCCUGGCCGGCGUCACCAACAUCGUCAUCGGCUGGACCAGCAGCUCCCUGGGCCAGACGGACGAGAAGCGCGCCGUCGCGAUGGCCAUGGCAAACACGUGUGCGAACCUGGCCAGCGUCUACACGCCGUACCUCUGGCCCGACGUCGACUCGCCCAGGUUUCUCAAGGCCUUGGUUGCGAGCGCGGCGUUUAGCGUCGCCGUCGUGGCUAUGGUGUGGUUCUUGAGGUUCAUGCUGAGGAGGAAGAAUGAAAAGAUGAGGAAGGCGGAUCCUUUGACUGAGAACUUUUAUGUUUACUAA